CCGGAACCCUAGGUUCGACCUCGGCCAUCUGCUCGCGCGCCGGAAGGGCGGGGCCCCGGCGUCCCAGGCUGCUGCGGGCGGCGGCGCGGAGGCGUUAGGAAGUGCUACCGCGGGCCCGCUUUUUGUUUCCUUUUUUUUUUUCUCCCCUCAUCUCCAAAAGCGGAUGGUGCAAGGGCAGGGAGACGACCUGAUCCACCUACUGUUCCCCAAGACAGUGGCUAGGCGGGUUUCCAUUCCUCCCUGGACCCCUCCCAUUAAAGUGGGUUCAGGGUCCUAGGCCCACGGCCGUAGAGCCUUUUGGGGAAGCUGGAUGCCUCAGCCCAGCCCGAUGCAGUCUGAAUCCAGCCCGUGUGAAGAGGAGACCCCUGCCCUCCUGUGGGGUUUGGAUCCUGUGUUUCUGGCCUUUGCAAAGCUCUACGUCAGGGAUAUCCUGGCUAUGAAGGAGUCCCGCCAAGUGCCAGGUAUAUUUUUUUACAAUGGGCAUCCAAUAAAACAAGUAGAUAUCUUGGGAACUGUCAUUGGAGUGAGAGAAAAAGAUACUUUCUACAGUUAUGGAGUGGACGACAGCACUGGUGUUAUCAACUGCAUGUGCUGGAAAAAGUCGAGUAACACCGAGUCCUCAUCAGCUACAGCUGCUCCAAGUUCAGCAAGAGAGCUGAGCUUAACCUCCCAGUUUAAGAAGCUGCAAGAGACUAUUGAGCAAAAAACCAAGAUAGAAAUUGGGGACAUUGUCCGAAUCAGAGGCUAUGUUCGCACGUACCGGGAAGAGCGAGAAAUUCAUGCCACUACUUAUUAUAAGGUAGAUGACCCAGUGUGGAACAUUCAGAUCUCAAGGAUGCAGGAGCUGCCUGGUAUGUACAGGAGAGUCUAUGACCAGCCUUUCCGCAGCCCAGCCCUGGAGAAAGAAGAGGCACUGAGCGAUCCAGGCACCCUGGACCUUGCCCAUCUCACAUGUUUGCUGAGUGAAAAAGUCAAAGAAUUCCUUGAGGAGAACAGAGUGCCAAGCUUUUACCAGCAGGAGUUGGAAACGGUGGAGUCUUUGCUGGCCCUUGCCAAUCAGCCCGUGAUUCACAGCGCCUGCCCUGACCAAGUGGAUUGUAAGGACACCACUUCCAAGGCAAUUCACAGCAUAUUUAAGAAUGCCAUACAGCUUCUGCAGGAGAAAGGCCUUGUUUUCCAGAGAAGUGGAGGUUUUGAUGACCUGUACUAUGUAACCAGAGAAGACAAGGACCUGCAUAGAAAGAUCCACCAGAUCAUCCAGGAAGACUGCCAGAAACCACACUUCGUGGAGAAGGGCUGCCACUUGCGGCACAUCCUGGCCUGUGCUCGCCUGAGGCUCCGCCCAGACCUGAGUGAGGCUGUGCUGCAGCAGGUGCUGGAGCUGCUGGAGGACCAGAGUGACGUGGUCAGCACGCUGGAGCACUACUACGUGGCGUUCUGAGCAGAGGCGCAGGCGGCUCACAGGCCCACCGGCCAGCAGGAGGAAGAUGUGGACAGCACCCAGGAGCUUGAUAAACUCGGUAAAGAUGUGGCCGCUCGGGGAGUGAGAUGCGGCAUAGCUGCCACUGGCCGCUGUCUGCCUGCUGUCUCCUUGGGGUACAGUGCCUUUGCUCCCAGCCUCGACAUACGAGAAGGCCCCAUCGACCUCCUGGCUGGACUGGGCCCCGUUCCCAGAGCAGAACCCAGAGGAGACCGUGCUGGUGGCUUCCUCGGGGUGUUUGUGGUCUGAGACUCUGCUGUGGUCAAGGGACGUCAUGGGGCAGAGGCCUACGUGCUGUGAGAACUGAAGAGCAGGCGGCCAGAUCCACCAUCUCAAACUUUCAGAGGUCCGUUCCCGUGGGCCUCUGGUGGUGGCUCAGAGCCCACCUCUGGGAGCAGCUGUCCCGGGAGGAGUGCCUGUGGCUCAGGCCCAGCCGUGGGCCCUGCAGUGAUGCGUUCCUGACGAUGGCCGAGGGUGGCAGCCAGCAGCCUGGCGGGCAGGAGGUGUCAUUUUCAAGGCUGCUGCUGCUGAGUGUGCAGGGCAUGCUGACACUGUAAAGACACAGGCGGGACCUGCCCGGACAGGCGGCAGAGUCCUGCCUCUGCUGGGAAGAGUCGGGCGAGCGGAAAACAGCAGAGCGCUGCAGGAGACCUGUUCCAACAGCGGCGUGCUAAAUCCGCCAGCAAAAGCAUCGUGUGCAGAAGGGUUCGGAGUUAAUCACAAUCAUUUCACAUCUGCCUUCGUCUGCUGCUGUGGCUCAUGACGUAAGAGACUGUUGGUGGUUCAGCUGGAGCUCCAGCAGCCUGGAGGGCUGCUCUGUCCGGAGUGGAAACGGGACGUCGUUACCCUCAGAAGCCAGCCGCAGCCCGCAGAUGGCCGGCUGGGAGCGCAUCCUGGCACGGUGCUUCCUGUCGCGGGCCUUGCUGAUGGGACCCAGACCUCUGGCGAUUUCUCACAACGCCUGUGCAGACAGCUUCCCCGUGGUCAGAGGGUGCCUGGGGGAGAGAGUCUGCCUGCAAUGACAACCCAGCAGUCCUUCUGCCUUGCAUAUUGAAUCCAUCUUUGACUAGUGGUGCUGCCCAGGAAGGAGUCUGGAAUCAAAACGUUGGCAGUGCAAGUCCUCGCACCGGGGGUCUGUCUCGAGGAGGUGACCUCACUCGUGGGAAAGGACGCCCCGCCCCUUGUGUGUGAUCUUGAGUCCUGAAGCAGGCACGGUACUGAUUGUAGGGAGAAGUUGUUUGUGACCCAUGUAUGUGAUGGAAUACGACACAGCCUUAAAGUGACGGAAAACGCAGCUCUGAGUGCCAGGCGCGCUGUUCCCAGUGCGUUUAGCGGGAAGCACAUCAAGUUCUCGAUCUGUACAUGGGUGCAGGGCAUUUGCGUGUGCAUGUGCGUGUGCGUGCGUGUGCGUGCAUGUUGGGGAGCAUGCCGGAGCGUGUUUGUUGCUACAGCUGUCACGUAUGUGCAUACAUGCGGUUGACUUUGGCCCCCGCC